AUGACUAUCGGUAUUUAUUUACUAAUUUUUUUAAUUUUUUUUUAUGUGUAUUUAAGUUGCUUGUUAUAUAACCUUUUGAUUAGAAACAAAAAAAUUUCCCCAAUAUCCUCCGCCAAUUUGACGGGGGAGAAGACUAGACUUUUUUUGUUUUAUUUUUUAUUUUUCUGCCAUAUAAGUAGAAUUAUAUCUUUAAUAAUAUUAACUUUUUUAGAUAUAAAAUAUAAUUCAGUUGAUUAUAAUACUUUAUUGCUAUUUCCUAAUUUUUAUUUUUAUUUAAUUCUUCUUAAAACAUUUCCAACCUAUUUUUUUUUAUCAUCUUUUACAAUUAUAAUUGUUUUUUGGUCACAAGUUUAUUAUGCAUCUAUAUUAGUAUCGUUUCCAUAUUUGCAGCCUUUAUAUAUUUUUUUAAAUGUAUUAGUGUAUUCAAUAAAUAUAGUUUUAGCUAGUUUGACCUAUUUUAUGAAGACAUUUAUUGAUUAUAUUUCUUAUAAUUAUAUUUUAGAAUCAAUUAUAGAUUAUUUAAUAGCUAUAGGUUUUAUUUAUUAUGGAGUUAAAGUUACAAAGAAGUUGAAGGAAAAGAGUAAAGGAAUUUCAAGAAAAAAAAACAUCAUAAAAAGAAUUCUCGCUCUAUCUGUUAUACUUUUCAUAAUUUUGUCACUAAAAGGAUUGUAUUCAUUUUGGUGUUUUUUUAGUGGAUCAAAUUUUUAUAAUUCAUAUUUAGAUUUACCUACUUCUGAUGCUAUUAUAUAUUUCAUAUCAGAAUGUAUUCCAUCCUUUCUUAUAAUUUCAACUUUUCAACCAAAUAAAGAAAAAAACACUUUAAAUAUUCAAUACACUACUCCGUUGUGUUCUGAUACAUUUGAUCCAUACAAUUUAAAAUUUAAAAAAACUAAACAAAACAUGAUUAAAGAAAACAAAUAA